AUGAAUGAGUCUGACUGUGAGGAACUGGUGGACAGUAUUUGCCACCAAUUGUCUCAAUUGGUAAGCGAUGUCACCGUAAGAGACCAAUUGAUAAGUGACUUGAAAUUAGUGAACAACAGCUAUAAGUCGAUAAUUGAGUGGAAAGUGAGACAAAUCACUAAAUUAACGGAUCAGUUGAGACAACUGACAGACACGACGUGUGGCGAAGAGCACAUCCACACCGAUGACAAUGACACCCAAUCGUCAAGCCAUGGAUCCGUUCAGAUGAACGCCAAUAACAAUAAUCUAUUCAUUUUUGCCACACAAUUGCUCUCAAAUAGUGAUCAAACAAAUAAAGACACCGCUAAUGGACAUGUCCACCAAUCGGGUCCACAAAACGAUAGCAUUAGUGAAGAUACUAAACCACUGGUGAAUGGCAAUGAAAGUGCAGACAACAGAUACUCGGAUGGCGUGCAAUGUGUGCAGACGUUAUCCAUUGACAACUCCCGAGGAAUAGAGUCUGAAGAUAACGAUGACUACAACAGCGAAGACAACUCCUAUUCGGACUCUUAUGGGGAAAACGGUGUCAUCAGAUGCCAUGAGUUGUCCAAAUCGGUUGAGUUCGAGUCGAAAGCGGGCCGACACUGUCGGUCACUGGUGUGGAAGUACUUCCGGUACGACUCGGACACUAAUAUCACCCAUUGUUUGGUGAAUGAGUGCACAUCUAAGGGUAUUAAAGGCAAACUCGCGGGUAAUCUGAAGAGGCAUUUACGCAAACAUCACAAACAGUUCCAGCAGUUCAUGAAAGCCGUCAACCGAUUGGAGCUGAAUAUCACUCACAAUAAGAAAGUGCUGAACAAGUGUUCAAUGGAUUCGCAGGAUAUGAGUACCGGUGCUGAGGAGAGAAGUUUUCAAUUGUAUGAAGUGAACGAUUAUUUGGUGUCCACUCCGAGGGACGAGACGGCGGCGGAUGUCGUGUACCCGAACCGGCGCUCGUCCAUCGGCCGGAAGUACGAGUCGUCUGUCUGGAAGUUCUUUGCGUACGACUCGAUGGCAAACAUUGCCUACUGUUUGGUGACAAACUGUAAAUCAAAGGGAAUUCGUGGCAAAUUAGCCGGUAAUCUGAGGAAACACUUGUUGACACAUAAGCGAGAAUAUGAUGAACUCAUGAGCAAAGAGUCUAAUUGUGCCAAAAAUGAAGUACUCAUCGGUUGUGUUGUUCCCAAUUCGAUGAAUGAGUCUGACUGUGAGGAACUGGUGGACAGUAUUUGCCACCAAUUGUCUCAAUUGGUAAGCGAUGUCACCGUAAGAGACCAAUUGAUAAGUGACUUGAAAUUAGUGAACAACAGCUAUAAGUCGAUAAUUGAGUGGAAAGUGAGACAAAUCACUAAAUUGACGGAUCAGUUGAGACAACUGACAGACACCACGUGUGGCGAAGAGCACAUCCACACCGAUGACAAUGACACCCAAUCGUCAAGCCAUGGAUCCGUUCAGAUGAACGCCAAUAACAAUAAUCUAUUCAUUUUUGCCACACAAUUGCUCUCAAAUAGUGAUCAAACAAAUAAAGACACCGCUAAUGGACAUGUCCACCAAUCGGGUCCACAAAACGAUAGCAUUAGUGAAGAUACUAAACCACUGGUGAAUGGCAAUGAAAGUGCAGACAACAGAUACUCGGAUGGCGUGCAAUGUGUGCAGACGUUAUCCAUUGACAACUCCCGAGGAAUAGAGUCUGAAGAUAACGAUGACUACAACAGCGAAGACAACUCCUAUUCGGACUCUUAUGGGGAAAACGGUGUCAUCAGAUGCCAUGAGUUGUCCAAAUCGGUUGAGUUCGAGUCGAAAGCGGGCCGACACUGUCGGUCACUGGUGUGGAAGUACUUCCGGUACGACUCGGACACUAAUAUCACCCAUUGUUUGGUGAAUGAGUGCACAUCUAAGGGUAUUAAAGGCAAACUCGCGGGUAAUCUGAAGAGGCAUUUACGCAAACAUCACAAACAGUUCCAGCAGUUCAUGAAAGCCGUCAACCGAUUGGAGCUGAAUAUCACUCACAAUAAGAAAGUGCUGAACAAGUGUUCAAUGGAUUCGCAGGAUAUGAGUACCGGUGCUGAGGAGAGAAGUUUUCAAUUGUAUGAAGUGAACGAUUAUUUGGUGUCCACUCCGAGGGACGAGACGGCGGCGGAUGUCGUGUACCCGAACCGGCGCUCGUCCAUCGGCCGGAAGUACGAGUCGUCUGUCUGGAAGUUCUUUGCGUACGACUCGAUGGCAAACAUUGCCUACUGUUUGGUGACAAACUGUAAAUCAAAGGGAAUUCGUGGCAAAUUAGCCGGUAAUCUGAGGAAACACUUGUUGACACAUAAGCGAGAAUAUGAUGAACUCAUGAGCAAAGAGUCUAAUUGUGCCAAAAAUGAAGUACUCAUCGGUUGUGUUGUUCCCAAUUGUCAUAGACUAUACUCUAAUCAAUUAGAUCUGAGACAACAUAUGCUUUGUGGACACCAUUCAAAUGUCAGUCCACUCGAAGGACAUGCCAUUUGA